AUGGACAACGCGCGCCGCGACCGCUCGCCCUCGCAGGGCCAUCAGCCUCAUAUAAGCCCGCACGCCUCGCCGUCGCCCCAUCAGAGCUACCAGAAUAUCGCCGGUCUCGGUCUCGAUGCCAGCUCGCUGACCCCCGACAACAGCGCCUUCGCGUCCGCCUACGACUCGUCCAACACCGGCCAGGGCUACCUGUCGCCCACUCACCAGCAGCAAUUCGCCAGCCAGCCCGACAUCGCCAACGGUGCCUUCCUGCACACCCAAGGCCUGCCUUCCAACCACCCCAGCCCCCAGUUCGGCCCCCAAGGCGGCAACAUCUACUCCCAGGAUCUCUUCGCCCAGAACAACCCCGCUGCAGACAACCAGGCCUUUGAUGCCCAGUUCCUCACGGGUGGCGCCGGCAACCAGGGCUCGUCCAUCGACCCGUCAAUCUUUCUCGACCCGCAACUUCAAGAGCAGUCCAUUGAUCCUACCAAUCUCAUGAGUCACCAAAUGUCCACCACCGCGCAUUCCCCCACCCCUCCCCACCUCCUGCAGGCCGACAUAUCGCGCCAUGCCAGCGCCAGUCCCCACGCCUCUCCAAACAUAAAUCAGGGCGGGUUCUCGGCGGGCCAUUCCAGGCAGCAGUCGCUUGACCCCAGCGCCGCGUACGGUCAAGGACACGGUGGCGAUUGGAACGGCAUGGCCUUCAGAGGCCACCGCCGGGCGCCUUCUGACACGUACUCGGAUGUGUCGUCGAAUCACCCUUCGCCGUAUCUAGGGAACAAUGACAGCUUUGAUCACGAAAACCCGUCACCUUUGCUCGGCGCGCAGCAAGAUAACUCCAUGUUCCAGGAGGUCAUGAACUUUGGCCAAUUUUCGUUGUCUGACAAUCCAAGCCAGGCCGGCAUCACGCCCGGACACAGCCCUCACAUCUCCCCUCGCCUUGCCCCUCAGCAGCACAAUUUGCCUCCGUUCACGGCGUCCAAUAACUAUGGCCUCAUGCCUGUGGUGAGCAACCAACCAGGCAAUCCGUCGGGUAUGGACAUGUUCCCUGGGAGCGGCCAGGAGCCGUUUCCGGCACUGAACCAAGAGUACGGCGCGUCGGACCAAAUGUCGCCGCCCGAGAUCAACAUCGAUUUCGCCCCGCCUUCGAGGCAGCAGAGCUUUGAGCCUCCGAAGCCCGAGGGUUCCGAGAACGCGCUGAGCCCGCCGAAUAGGAGCCUGUCGCGCAACCGCAUGCGCGCCAGGUCCGACCCAUUCAGCGGCGCCAGCACGCGCGCAUCGACGCCCGCCAGCGGCAACGCGUCUGAUCCGGCCUCCUCCCUGCACCCCAACGCUGCCAAGGUUCCGACUUCGCGCUCAACCUCUCCGCAUGGCCUGAACCGCGCCUCGCGCCGGUCUUCUACGUCGAGCAUCCCCCAUCGCGACUAUAUGCUCGGGCUCGCUGAUCCGAAUCGCCCCAAUCCAAACAACCCCACUUCUGCUGCAUCUAGCCCUGGCGCCAUCCCCGAGCAGCUCGUCACCCCUAGCCCCGGCGGCUCGAAGCGUACCCAGAAGCAUCCAGCAACCUUCCAAUGUAGCCUGUGCCCCAAGCGCUUCACACGUGCUUACAAUUUGCGCUCCCACCUCCGCACGCAUACAGACGAGCGGCCCUUUGUGUGCAGCGUCUGUGGUAAGGCCUUUGCCCGCCAGCAUGACCGCAAGCGCCACGAAGGUUUGCAUAGUGGUGAGAAGAAAUUCGUUUGCCGCGGCAUCCUGAAAGAUUCCAGCGGCUGGGGUUGCGGUCGCCGCUUCGCGCGCGCCGAUGCUUUGGGCCGCCACUUUAGGAGUGAAGCAGGUCGCGUGUGCAUUCGUCCUUUGCUCGAGGAAGAAGCGGCCGAGAAGGGUUGGGAGGUCCCAGCCAUGUCUAGCCCAUCGCAGCAGCAACAGUCGUCGCACUCAAUGGACCAACUCGACCCUCUUGGAGCGCAGCCGCAAGGGCUGAGCAUGAUGAUGCCCCAACACCCGCAGGGCUCGCAAUUCAAUCCGUUCGUCCAGCAACAGCAACCUGCCGGCUUCAAUUCUGGCAUGGGUGGCGGCAUGGCCUUUGGACUUCCGCAAGCGCUGCUACAGCAAUACCCCGCCCUCGCCGGCAUCCAGUGGGAAUCAUUGCCAGCAAGCAGCAACGACGAUCUUGUCGAGGAUGAUGCCAUCAGUGGACGGAGCAGCUUUGACGCGAGUUCUGGCGGUGAGAUGUUUGAUGAUAACAGCGGGUGGGAGCAGACGCUUAGCGACUACGAGGGCAGGUGA